AUGGCCGUGACCAUCUUCCAGGGCUUGGGGUUCGUGGUUUCACUGAUUGGGAUCGCUGGCAUCAUUGCCGCCACCUGCAUGGACCAGUGGAGCACCCAGGACUUGUACAACAACCCAGUGACAGCUGUAUAUAACUACCAGGGACUGUGGCGCUCCUGUGUCCGAGAGAGUUCUGGCUUCACCGAGUGCCGGGGCUACUACACCAUGCUUGGUCUUCCAGCCAGGCUGCAGGCAGUGCGAGCUCUAAUGAUCGUGGGCAUUGUCCUGGGUGUCAUUAGCCUCUUGGUGUCAAUCUUUGCCCUGAAAUGCAUCCGCAUUGGCAGCAUGGAGGACUCCAUCAAAGCCAACAUGACACUGACCUCUGGGGUCAUGUUCAUCAUCUCAGGUCUUUGUGCAAUUACUGGAGUGUCCGUGUUUGCCAACAUGCUGGUUACUAACUUCUGGAUGUCCAACGCUAGCAUGUACACCAGCGUGGGUGGGAUGGUGCAGACUGUUCAGACCAGGUACACCUUUGGUGCGGCUCUGUUCGUGGGUUGGGUCGCUGGAGGCCUCACACUAAUCGGGGGCGUGGUGAUGUGCAUCGCCUGCCGGGGCAUGGCACCCCAGGAAACCAACUACAAAGCUGUGUCUUAUCAUGCCUCAGGUCACAGUGUUGCCUAUAAGCCUGGAGGCUUCAAAGCCAGCACUGGCUUUGGGUCCAACACGAAAACCAAGAAGAUAUACGAUGGGGGUGCCCACACAGAAGAAGAGGUACAAUCUCAGCCUUCCAAGUACAACUAUGUGUAG